AUGAAAGUGUUUGUAGCUAUUCUGUUUAUCUUGGCCGUUACAUCGGCGCGAGUCAGGUAUCCAGUGUCUCCUGAUCCCAGGUGUCCUCGAUUCGACGAUCCAGAUGAAAUCAUUCUUCUACCUCACUUAACUGACUGCUCUAAGUUUGUCACCUGUUUAUCGGGGCUAGGUUACGAGAUGAGCUGUCCUGAGGGCUUGGAAUUCUCUAUUGAACGAACAACCUGUGACUAUCCCGAGUAUGCACAGUGUCGUGCGAUGCACAAAGUACAAAUUAACAUCGCUAGCAACGGAUUCAACAUUUUGCAAUUGCCCCAAAAACUGAUACAAAAUGAUGCGUCGGAACACAUAACCAAACCUGCAAUGGAUCAGAUUGAAAGUUUGUCAGAACGUGAGCCCGAACGAAGAAAACCAGUUGUUUCAUAUGAUACUGUUAAAGGAACAAUCGAUCCUCGUUGUCCGCGAACUGACAACGAUAGAAAUCCCGUCUUAUUACCAAUGUUUUCGGAUUGCAACAAGUUUCUGAAAUGUUUUAGAGGCAAGGCAUUUCUGAUGGACUGUCCUGCUGGACUUGAAUUCAGUACUCGAACAAACCGAUGUGAUUAUUCUGGGCGUGUUAAGUGCAGUGUUUGAAAAAUGAGCAAGAGCUACUACGAAAUCGAUAAAUAACACUCGAAGACAUACUGUUGUCAUUUGGAAACAUAACUUGAAAUGAAACCUAAGCUUGAGACGUGGAUCAUAUCUAUUGUCAGAAAUAGUAUAAUACCAAAAACAUAAUUCAUGAAUUUAAGGGAUAAGAUGGA